UGUCAUAAAUACAAUGCAGUUCAGAAAUUAAACUCGGUUACGCAGUUCCUGGUCCCUAUACGAUCGUACUUGUUUUUCUGAUAUUUUUGGCACAUAUGAACGAUGAAUAUGUCAUCAAAUCAUUCUGACCGCAGUGAUGCACUUCCUGUGCCCGCUCUCAAACACUCCCUCUCAGAGUGUCACGUAUUUUCGCUCCUUAAACGAUUGUAUAUCAUUGAGGUAUUAUAAUUCCUAUUGUAGUCUGGUUUAAAAAUAUAUUUGUAUAUUGGUUGUACCUUGUGUGCGUUAGACUGUGAGAUAAAUAUGUCUGCGAGACUGCGAAGAAGCAAUGCCUUCGCACUUUUGGCAUUUGCUAGCAUAAAUAAUCAUUAAUAAUCAUUUCUUCUUGUCGCUUUUCGAUGUUAUUUUUAAGUUUUCAACCUAACAUAGCGCCAUAAUAUGCUACGUGCAUCCACAGCUCUCUCAACGCCGGAGGUAAAAAAUUUAAAUACAAUACGAUUUCAACGGAUUUAAUCAGCAUUAUGGAAAUAUUCUAUAUAUUGCAUGUCGGGAUAAAUGCAUAAAUGAACAUACUUUAUUAAAAUCUUCAUCGCAAUAACAGUUUGAAAUAUUGCACUGUUGAUCAUCAAACUAAAACAGAGUAGCUACCAUUCAGUGUUGCGAUGGCAUCGAAGCUACGAUCGAGAAUACAAUUAAUCAUUGGUCUAGCGGGCUUGGUAUUAACAUGUUCCGGUAUUAUAUUAUUUGCAUCCAGUUAUUUGGUGGAAGAGUGGUUGAAAAGCUACGAAUUUAGUUCUCCGCUGGGAAGAAACCAUUGCGAAUACUGGGCAGCAAUACCAACUUUCCUGACCGGCAUUGUAAUUCUAAUCUCCGUAACCAAACAUUUCAAACAUUAUCUCGAAUUGUUGUACUACCUGCGGACAUGUUGCACUCUUGUUGUUAUGGUUACUGCGCUGGGUGUAAUAGUUGAAGAGACAACUGAUAAUGGAUAUUCGCAUGCCCUUGUCGAUGGAGAGCGCUGCCAAAAACAUAACGACGACCUACACCCAAGAUUCAAAGAAUUUUGUGAAGUGUUAAGAAAGGCGGACAAAAUGUUUUAUGUGAUGCUAUUCACUGCUGAUAUUGUGUUGGUUACAUCAAUAAUUGUUCUUUUUGCUAUCUAUACAGAAUGGAUGCUUUUUACCAUUUUGAGAGUCGAAACUCGAAACUGGAAACACUCCAUGCGUAUGGACGGGAGAUAUGAAAGAUUCUCUGUAAAUGAUGAAAGUCAGGGUGAAGAAACACAAAUAUCAGAAGUUCAGAGUGUCGACCAAGUUUCACUGCAGGCGGUUUAAAAACUGUCAUUAAAAAUUGU